UCCGUGGCUCUGCUGAGGAGAGGUUGCCUGUCCGAGGAGCAGGAGUUCAGUUAAGAAGAUGUCAACUUUAACUCCAAGGAAAAGGAAGCAGCAUUCUUUGAACUGUGAUAACCUAUUAUCAGAAAUUCCAUCAAAGAAAUUAAUUUCGGACUUUACUGAAAAUAUAUUUCCAUCACCUAAUAAAAAGCACAUUUGCCAAAGCAGUGAUAAAAAUGAAGAAAAGAUUCAUUGCUCUCAACAAGGCCAUUUCAUUUCAAGUCCACUCAAAACGACUAAAAAUAGAUUGCCAUCUGCAAAUCAAGGUUCACCAUUUAAAUCUGCUGUGUCUACUAUAUCCUUUUACAACAAAGAUAAGUGGUACCUCAAUCCACUGGAGAGAAAGCUGAUAAAAGAGAGUAGAUCCAUUUGUCUAAAAACUAAUAAUGAAGAUAGAUCAUAUCCCAGUGUGACAGAAAAAAUGCAGGGAAAACCAGCCUGCUCCAAGAAGAUGAACAAAAAACCACAGAAGAGUUUAACUGCUAAGUGUCAACCAGGAUAUAAGUGCAUCAAGCCUGUGUCAAAGAAUUCUAAAAAUUCCAAGCCAAAUCGAGUGGCCUAUAAGCCAAUUGUGGAGAAAGAGAAUAAUUGUUACUCAGCUGAAAAUAAUCUGAAGGCUCCUCGCGUUCUAAGCCAAAAGGUCAAACCACAAGUUACCCUCCAGGGAGGAGCGGCUUUUUUUGUUAGUAGGAAAAAACCCUCUCUGAGAAAAUUGCCCCUGGAAGAUAAGCCAUUACUGGGACUCACCCAAAAGAAUAAAUCAGAAGUUAUUGAAGAGUCUGAUGUGGAAACUGUCAAUGAAAGAAGUUUUGAGACAAGGCAAGUGCCAAAGUGUUUAUUAGUAGAAAAAAAACUGAACACUGAGCUGCUGAGUGAAAGAAGUAAAAAUGAAGAGAAAUUAAUAAAGGAUGCAUCAGAUAGAGUCAUUUCUUCAAGGGAAUGUAAAACCGAUGAAAAUAAGAGUUUUUCUUCAGAGGAGUCUUUCAGUGAGAACAAGGCAGUUUCUCCUGAGACCCUUGUCUAUCCCAUCUUCACCGUGUCUUCAGUCAACACAAAAAGAUCUCUAGUUGAAGAACAGUCUUCUGUGGGAUCUGUCACAUCUACUAACUUCUUGAAACAAAUCAAUAUACAGAAAAAUACUAAUACCAGAGAUGCAAAUAAAGAAACAAAAGACCAGCUCGUCAUUGACGCUGGUCAGAAACAUUUUGGAGCCACCAUGUGUAGGUCCUGUGGCAUGAUCUACACUGCUUCCAGCCCCGAGGAUGAACUGCAGCAUGUUCAGCACCACCACAGAUUUCUGGAGGGAAUCAAAUACGCAGGCUGGAAAAAAGAACGUGUCGUAGCAGAAUUUUGGGAUGGGAAAAUUGUGUUGGUCCUGUCACAUGAUCCGAGUUAUGCUAUCAGAAAGGUCGAAGAUGUCCAAGAACUUGUCGAUUAUGAAUUGGGCUUCCAGCAAGUUGUUCCCAGAUGUCCAAACAAAACCAAAACUUUUCUCUUUAUUUCUGAUGAAAAGAAAGUAGUUGGGUGUUUAAUUGCAGAGCCCAUCAAACAGGCCUUCCGUGUCCUGUCUGAACCAACUGGUCCAGAAUCCCCAAGCUCUAAAGAAUGUCAUAGGGCUUGGCAAUGUUCAGAUGUACCAGAACCUGCAAUCUGUGGGAUAAGUAGAAUCUGGGUCUUCAGACUGAAGAGAAGAAAGCGCAUUGCAAGACGACUGGUAGAUACUCUCAGGAAUUGCUUCAUGUUUGGCUGUUUUCUCAGCACGAAUGAAAUAGCAUUUUCUGACCCAACACCAGAUGGCAAGUUAUUUGCAACCAAGUACUGCAACACCCCUAAUUUCCUUGUAUACAAUUUUAAUACUUAAAGCCAAUUUCAACUAUAGAACAGUUACUAUAUGGAUGAGU